UUGCUGACCAUGGACAAAAGCAGCAAGUUGCUUCAUCACAUUGACUAUAGAUUGAGAUGUAUCCUGCAAGAUGUAGGAAUCUUCAUUGGCAUUUUUAAGGCUUUUGACAAGCAUAUGAACUUAAUCCUCUGUGAUUGUGAUGAGUUCAGGAAGGUCAAGCCAAAGAAUGCAAAGCAGCCAGAGCGUGAAGAAAAGCAGGUUUGGGGCCUGGUGUUGAUGCGAGGGGAGAACUUGGUUUCCAUGACUGUGGAAGGGCCACCUCCCAAAGAUGUUGAUGUGCCUGGAUCCAAAGCAACGUUCUUGGCCCUUUCCAUCACACUCAGAGCUGCAAGAGAUUCCUUGCACCUGGAAUGUAUAUUUGCCUUGUAUUCAAAGUUUGGCAUUUUCCAUCGCAUCGAGUGCUGCAAGAGAUUCCUCAGAACAGGAGGGGAAGUGUCCAUGAUGGAAGGAUAUUACAAGAACCCUAAGGAGAUCUGUAUCUUUUAG